AUGACCAAUAUGUUUAAAGAAGCAAAAAGGAGAAAUCGUGUUUUUCAGGAACUUCUCUUGAGGAUAUGUGAUCAACGGCCACCUGUCUAUGACUCUGGUCCAGAUAUUAUCCUAUGGAAACAUGCGCAGGAUGACUACCAGAAGACUUUCUCGACACGCGCGACUUGGGAGCAAGUAAGAGUGAAGCGGGAAAAGGUUGAUUGGAGUGAUGUUGUAUGGUUUAAGCAGGCAGUGCCGCAAUUCUCUUUUAUUACUUGGCUUGCGAUCAAGAAUCGCCUGUCAACAGGAGAUCAUAUGAGGAUGUGGGGAGUGCAGCAAGAUUGUAUGCUGUGUGGGGAGAAGAAUGAGACUAGAGACCAUCUUUUCUUCGCCUGCCCAUAUAGCUACAUGGUUUGGGUUACAGUAACUGGAGCUCUAUUGGGAACUCUCAUUACCCCUGACUGGACGGACACUAUGGAGAGAUUGCAGAGAGAUCGUGUGGCCACGAUGGAUAAAGUACUGGCGAAGAUGGCUUUUCAGACGACAAUCUAUCAUAUAUGGCGGGAGAGGAAUGCACGGAGGCAUGGGAAAACCUGGAUACAGAUGGCACAACUGGCUCACCAGAUUGAUAAGACAAUGAGAAACAUAAUAUCUUCUUUGAUAUAUCGUUUUGGAAGCAGACUAGAGGGACUCAUGAGGCGCUGGUUUGAGGUCACCACUUGA